GCGUCCCCUAAAUUCGCUCUUUGAAAGUCCGUAUCUCAAUAAUAAUAAUAUAAAAAAACUACACGAUGCAUAACCAGCCAUUAUCCUACGGGUUAGAAAACAAACUAUAAAAAAUAAUUAAUCUUCAAUAUUUAAGAAGUGCAUCAUCGACAAAUUUUCAUAGGUUUUAAACAACCUAAAACUUGUGGUGAGCAAAGUGUUUUGCCACUAUCUCCUAACAACAUUUUCGCAAAGAAUCUUCCCCUCCCCCUUUCCUUCCCACGACUACCGUGUUCGUGAGCUCGUACUCCAGCCUAUAUAUGCAUAUGUUCUUGCGUGUGUGCGAGCACGAGUGGGAGAAAUGUGCUGCUGAAAAGGGCGGUAAAAGACUCCGCCCUCUCGGUGUUUCGAUCUGACAGCAGACCUUGUAGCAAGCGCAGCGCGCCUGUGACAGACAGGAGUGGGCGUGAGUAGGACAUGCUAAUAUGGUGAUGGAGGCGUUGCCAGUGAACAUCACGAGGACGCCUACAACCUCCACGGUCAUUAACUCUCUACCCCGCGACGUUUACUUCUCGCCAGGCUCGCUGCCGGAGACUCAGUCCUGGCCUGGCUUCGGUGCCUCCUACAACGAGGUCACCGGCGUGGACGAUCUCGCGGGCAACAAGAGCGGUGCGACAGACGGCACUGGGCUGCACUUCUACGAGCUGCUGCUGACCCACCCCAGCUUCAGGAUGAAGGAUGAGCUGCUGCGCUACGCAACGCCCGUUAUCGUCGUCUUCGGUAACUUCUCCAACCUGCUGGCCCUCGUCGUCCUUCGCCGAAAGAACCUGCGCCAGCACUCCGUGUGCUUUUACAUGGCCGCCUACGCCGUGGCCAACCUCCUCGUGCUGGACCUAAUCCUUGGCACGGCCUGGAUCUGCUUCGUACUGGAAAAGCAGUACAUCGGCAUCACUGACUGGGGCUGUCGCCUGUGGACGUUUGUCUCCAACGUCAUUAUCUACUGCGGCAUCUGGUUCGUGGUGGUGCUCGCCAUCGACCGCUUCAUCUACCUGUGCUACUCCCGCAAGGCGGCCAGCUACUGCACAGUGUUUGCCGCCAAGACCAUCGUCAUCAUCGUGCUGAUCGGUCUAGUCGUCGUCAGCAUUCACGCCAUGUGGACCUACGAGCUGCAACCGCAAGGCUGUUUCGUCAGCUUCGAGCAGCAGGACCUGCACACCCUCAUCUGGCCCUGGUGGUCGGCUUCCAUCUACUCCUACCUGCCGCUCACUAUGAUGCUCUUCAUCAACAUCGUCCUGUCCAUCUCCCUCUGUCUCAAACGCCAUCGCCAGCGCCGCUCUCAGCAAGUAGGGACGACAACUGACGACUUUGCCAUCACCACCCUCGUCAUUUCUUCCUGUUUCUUCCUGCUGGCUGUUCCUGCCACCAUCGUCAACGUCAUCGACAUCCAUUUCCCGGCAUCGUGGCUCUCCAUUGACCGCAUCGCGGAAAUAGAACUCACUAAAAAAAUCACGGAAAUACUGUCUUCCGUGAACCAGACCUUGCUGGGCACGAUACUGAUGAUCUUCUCGCGGGCCUUCCGGCAGGAGCUGUAUUCGCUGGCCAGUGCCAUCCACCUCAAAAGAAGGCCGAAAGUGUACGAGAUGUGCAACAUGUCUACUGACAGUGCCGCUGCUAAUGGUAAUGACAAUGAAGACGAUGGUGGACGAGCACAGCCGUGUAACAACGCCAGCUCCUCGAGAAACCACAUUGAGUAUCAGGCGUGUAACAGUACUGAUGUCACGUCUAGUGUGUAGUAUACCUGUGCCAAUCUCUUCAUGUACGAAGACUAUUCUUCGGACUGCACUCUCAUUUCUGGGGGCGGGCAAAGCUUUCAGCAGAGAAGUACCAGUUCUAAAGCUCUAUAUAACAACUUUGGUACAAAGCCUUUCGGCUGUGAUCCGCAAUGACCAGACAUAACGUGAAAUAAAUGCAGUGUCCAACUGUUAUUGAACAUAUUGUCUGCUUUACCAUGUUCGUCAUAUGUGCCUUUGUAUUAAAGGCAUGGAGCACACUUUACAUUUACGAUAGUGCGGGAUGUGGUAGUGAAGGGAGUAGACUCGGGGCUGCUCUCUGUAAGCUCAAACUGAUUCUUUGUCUCGUGAACGGUAUGUCGUCUUAAAACAAUUCAAGACUGAUUGCUCAAAGAAUAUUGCUGAUCUACGACUGCUGGUUCAAGGUAUUGUAUUUACUUGCCCCAACUCGUUUUCUAAUGUUUCCCAGAUCACGCAUAUAUAAGACUGUUGAUGCUUUACAUUUUUAUUAUUUAUCUGGCCUCCUAUAUCUCUCUUAUUUACAUUUCUGUAUUUUAUUUGUUUACGAUGUUAGCAGACACUUGACACAUUAGCUGAACCUCGACCUUACCGCUAUGCUAUUCACAAUCCAAAGUGAAAAAAAAAUUUUUUUUUACUUUCCUAUGUUUAUUGUUUUUAAUUCGAACUCAUAUUUGGGCAUAUUCCUACCCAAUUUUUAUUCCACGACUCCUUGAAACGGGCAUCUGGGCUACUCGGUGUAAAGUUCGCUCACUCAGGUGGUGCAGCAGGGAGGCGCGUGGGACGAACGACUGUCGCGGAGUCAGAUUUUGCCACUGUGUGUGGCACCUGUCCACAGCGCCUAACUAGCUCGCCGUGAAAACAUUAGUUGCUGACUUGGUGUAAAACACCAACGACCAGCAAACAUCUUUCUUUGUACUUCUCUCUCUCAAUACACUACUACCACUACUAUUACGACCAAUGCGACAAAACAGUAUGUAGCAGGGCAGUCCGAUCGAGUAACAGUUAAAGUGCCUGUCACCAUACAGUGAGUACGCUUAGGGUUGACAUUUCAUAUAGGACACGAUAUACUUACAUACAACAUCUUUUGAAAGAGCCGGAUACCUAGUCUUAGCUUAUAGUUCAGCUUUAAAACAUUUUUAAUCGUCAUCUUUCACAGGUUUUACAACAGAAUGAGACUAAAAGUAUUCAGACUACAUUUAACUGUCGGUAAUCCUCCCUUUUCACUCCCUGUCCAAUAAAUACUAGUGCCCAGAGACAAUGUUUUCGUGUCCACACAAUCCUCGACUCAGCCGCCUUGCGCUGAAGGCUAGAGUAGGGGGAAGGAUAACUAAAAACGCGAUUGUCUAAUGAGCAAUGUCUGAUGAGCAAUUUCUGGCUUCUUUUUCCUUUUUUAUCCUUCUUUCUGGAGAGAAGCUUUUCAUCUGUCUUCUCACUUCUCACGACACUUCAAUGACUUCCCUACAUUUCACGUUAACGCUUGUGCACUAUUGCUUUGGAUGUACACCUACACUCUGAGGACGACUUCUACUAUUAUACUCUUACAUGUCAAGCAUUCUUCUGCAAUUCUCGCACAAGACCAAAAAAAGCAGUUGCUUUAAUCUUAUAAUGCUCCCCAAAACUCCCGCCAUGUUAGCAAAGAAACGGUUUGAUGCAUCCACUGUAACGUGUGAACGUUGGCUUUCCUCGUAAAAUGUGCUGAUUCGAUAAAGACAAGGCAAUGUUUUUUGUUGUUAUGCUAAUGGAUUCCAGUUUGACACAUUCCAGGCACUUGCCUAUGUCACCUGACCCACUGUGUGAUAAUCUCUACAUUUGUGUCUUCUGGUGUUUAAUUACUUCCUUUUGAAAUGCCUACAAAUAAAAGUAUAUGAUAUAGC